CUUUUCCACUUUCCUUCUUAUUUAUUUAUAGUUUUUCUUUCCCUCUUUCUCUCCUUCCUCUCCACAAAUUUCCUUUGGUGCACUUGACUUCCGUCUCUUUCGGUUCCCUACGCUCAUUUCAUCUCGUCAGAUUUUACCCCGCCAUUGAUCCCUCGCUAUCGGUAGAACCAAAGAGGAAAAAAAGGAGAAGCUCCAAAAAUAAUGGCUUCAAGAUGCAUUCUCUCAACCGGAAAUGUCAUGACCGCUGGCGCGCAGGUUAUCCGCAAACCGACCCUCGAAAAGUCAAACACGGAGUUGGUUAACUCUUUGCGCGAAAACUUCAAAGAGGCCUCCUCCACACUCCCGCUUAGCACAAACCCAAACAUCGCAGCGACAAGCAACCCGGAAACAAGGCUGGCACCGGAAGAGUGGACAAAAUUAGGGUCAGAUGGGGUCCUGUACGUUCCUACAGAAAGUGGUGAGCCGCACGGACUAGCAGAAGAUAGAGAAGAGUACGAUGUGACCGUAAAAUUAUUCUACCUCCCGGGAGUCCCGUCCUCUUCUCGCUGCAGGCACACCGAAGAGGCCGUACGUCUAGUUUGCAAGGAGCUCGGAAUAUCCUCUAUUGACCUAUUGAUCGUUUCCUUCCCCAACAUCUCCUUUGACGCCGAAGACGAAGACAUAUCCUCGGAGGAAGACGUCAGCGAAUGGGUUCGCACAUAUCGUACUCUCGAGGGUCUGCAUUCAGCGAAGAAGAUAUCCAAAAUUGGAUUGGCGGAGUUUGGCGCCACUAGGUUGUCUCAAUUGCUCCCGCAGACGAAUGUUAAGCCUUCAGUCGACCAGAUUAAUGUUAGGGAUUGUUGUGUCGUGCCAAAGCCCUUGAUACUCUACGCUAAGGAGAGGGGAAUCGAAUUGUUGACUCAUAAUGACUGCACGGAUAUUUUGCCUGUUGACACCUUAAGGCAACUGGUCGUGGAUGAGUUCGGGCUCUUCAGGGCUGACGCGAAGCUGGUUCCGCAGUGGGUGGUCAAGUACACGGCUGUUAUUAGGAGUCGUGGCGUUGUGGAGAAUAAAGGGCGAGUCAAUUGAUUGCUUUGGCGGGUAUAUAUAUUGCUGACCAUUUCACAGAUACGUUUCCAUGGCGGAAGUUCACUGACCCACCCUUUAGUAAUGAUAGAUUAGAACUUUUCUUUUA